CGCAUUUGAUGACCACACUCUUCGCAGCUUCACCAGGCGCCUGCAGCUCCUCUCCCACAUACAAGGCUGGUCCAGCGUGCGAGCUGGCAAAAUGGAACUGGAAGUCACUUAUCUGUUCUUGCAGGCGUCGGUCUCGUCGUAGGCUCCUUCAGCCUACUCUUUAGCGGCUAUUCUGCCAUGCCAUUCCGGCUUCCACCACGAUGAUACGAUGUGCAUGCUUGCUUGCAUAUUCUCCGCCUCGGUUCUUCUUGAAGGCAAGGCCAGGAAGGGCAGCGAGAUGGCUCCAUCCAGUUUUCAGGCCACGGGACUUUUCCUCAACCUCGAUUGCCAAAGCGGCCCUGCCUCACUCGCCUCUCUUCGAUGCCUUGCGGCGCCACGACCCCGAUAGCACAGCCAUUGUGCAUUCGCGCUCUCAGCGGUCCUUUACAUAUGGAUCUCUCGUACACGACGUGGCCGACGCAAAGGACCGAUUGUCCACGCACAUUGGAGAAAGUCUGGCUGCCAAGUCUAUUGCCUUUAUGGUGGAGAACAGCUACGACUAUGUAGUCACACUCCUUGCCCUUCUCGCAUCCAACGCCAGAGCGGUGCCUCUAGCGCCCUCUUUGCCCCCUGCGGAACUGAGCUAUCUCCUCGAGCACAGCGAAGUAUCGGCCCUUGUGUCGUCGGCAAAGUAUGAUGCAUUGGCCUUGAAAGUGCUCAAGGACGGCGGCGGCAAACCGCUGAGGCACGUCCAUAUUGGUAAGCUGCUGACCGGCUCAACAAUCCGAGACGACAUCUCCUUCGAUGGACACGUAGACGUGACAGGAGGCAUUAUGCUUUAUACGUCCGGCACAACCGCUCGACCCAAGGGAGUCUUACUGGAUGAAGAAGUCCUCAUGGCUCAAGCGAAUAGUCUGAUCCAAGCUUGGAAGUACUCUGCAACCGACCGCCUACUCCACGUCUUACCACUCCAUCAUAUUCACGGCAUCGUCAAUGCACUUGUCACGCCACUGUUCGCGGGAAGUUCCAUCGAGUUCCUCUUCCCGUUCACGCCCGAUGCCGUCUGGCGCCGCUUGGCUCAACCUUUCCUGCCGGACGACCAGCCACCGCAACACCAGAGAGCGCCAAUUACGUUUUUGACUGCUGUUCCGACAGUCUGGGCUCGACUUCUGCAGACUCACCAAGACCUACCACCAGAAGUCCAGAGGGCAGCAGAUGAAGCGAUUCGUCGAGAAAACCUGCGUCUGAACAUCUCGGGCUCGGCAGCUCUACCUGUUCCUGUCAAGCAAGCUUGGUCGCAUCUUUCAAAGGGCAAUGUACUGCUUGAACGAUUCGGGAUGACAGAAGUAGGCAUGGCGCUCUCUUGUGGCCUUGCGGAUGUGGAUCGCAUCGAUGGAUCCGUCGGCUGGCCUCUUCCCACGGUCGAAGCCCGCCUGGUCGACACCGAUACCAACGAAGUACUCUCCAAGGAUCGCUCCGAAACCGGUACGGCCAAGGAGCGUUCUGGUGAAAUCCAGCUUCGCGGGCCUACGAUCUUCAAAGGAUACUGGUGUGAUGAACAGGCUACACAGAAGGCUUUCACUUCCGACGGAUGGUUCAAGACGGGAGAUAUCGCUGUGCAGCGACCUGUGUCUGGCACUGGCCUUGGUCACAGCGCUGGCGACCCAUAUUUCAUCCUCGGCCGCGAGUCGGCCGACAUUAUCAAGAUGGGCGGCGAGAAGAUCUCUGCGCUCGAGAUUGAGCGCGAGCUCCUGUCUCUUCCGCAGAUUCAGGAGUGCGCGGUAGUGGCCUUACCAUCCGAGACCUGGGGCCAACAGAUUGCAGCAGUCAUGGUGCUCAGCAAAGAGGGCAAGACCGCGGGCACAAACGGCGCAGCUUGGACUGCGAUGGACAUGCGACGGGCGCUCAAAGGCCGACUGAUCGCUUACAAAAUCCCUCGGCGUGUUCGAGUUGUUUCGGAGAUCCGAAGAAACGCGAUGGGCAAAGUUAACAAGAGAGAGCUGGUUGCCAGCGUUUUUGACUCGGCCAAGGGUGGUGGCGUGUGAUUGGUCAAUUUGGCAGCAAGUCACGGGAACUCGCUGACGAAGCGCGUUUUGACUCACCGCGACAAACACGACCUUCAAAAAGACGUCGCGACUCCGGAGAUACGGAGUAUUCGCCAAAGCACAUUCGCGACCGCGUUGCACAUCACAAUUUGUAUCAAACGCGCAUUCGUCGCUGGGAGCCGGAAGUCUCAAAGCCUGCCACCGCAAAUCGCCAUGGCUGCCGCCGAGGUCAAAGUGACCGAGUUUCAAUCGCGUGUCUACGCUCUGCUCAAGCAGAUUCCAAAGGGCAGGGUCAGUACCUACGCGGAAAUGGCAAAGGCGUUGGCGUCCA